AUGAAGAAUCUCGUUCAACUCACCAUCGCGGCCACUCUAGCGAUUGGGGUGACUGCCAAUUCGCACCAGCAUCUUCACCGACACGUUAAGAAGGAUACCGGCUCCAAGGUCGAGAAGCGUGCACCCGAUGGUGUAGUCUGGGUUGCUGGCCCUACUAAAACGGUGUACCAGCUCGAUGGUACAAUUUUGCCAGCCGAUAAGGCCGAGGCUGGUUUGAAGAACGGUGAACUCGUCGCCAUUGGCGAAACAACACCUACUUACACUCCCCCACCGCCCCCGAAACCGACAUCGACCAAAGUCCAGAAACUUGGAGCCCAAUUCAUCGAACAGUCUAGUGCACCUCCUCCACCGAAGUCAACUGCUCCCCCUCCUCCUCCAAAGAACAGCCCGGCUCCCAAGCCAAGCCCACCGAGCGGAGGCACUGGCCUGGAUGCAAAGUUCCCCAGUGGCAAAGUGAAGUGCACCGACUUUCCAUCCGAAUAUGGCGCCGUGGCACUUGACUAUCUUCAGUUGGGAGGAUACAGUGGUAUCCAGAAUGUCCCCGGCUUUUCUUUGAAAGUGUCUCUUUCAAUCAGCACUAUCCAUACUGGUGUGGCUGGCGACAAAUGCAAGUCGGGAGGGAUGUGCUCCUACUCCUGCCCGCCUGGCUAUCAGAAGACACAAUGGUCUUCAGCCCAGGGAGCUACUGGCCAAUCCAUUGGUGGUCUGUACUGCAAUGAUGAGGGAUACCUUGAACUGACCCGUCCAACCGUCCCAUACCUUUGCGAAAAGGGUGCUGGUGGCGUCUAUGUCAAGAAUGACCUGAAAACGGUUGUAUCCACUUGCCGAACUGAUUACCCAGGAACUGAAUCAAUGGUCAUUCCGACUGAACUUCAGGCCGGACAAACGCUGCCAUUGACUAACCCUGAUUCGGCGACAUACUAUAAAUGGGACGGCAAGGACACAACUGCUCAGUACUAUGUCAACAAGAGGGGCGUUGCCGCUCAGGACUGCUGUGUCUGGAACUGCCUCAAGGACCCUAAGGCCUGUGGUAACUGGGCUCCCAUCAACAUUGGUGUUGGCAAGAGCGCCUCCGGCAUCACCUACCUCUCUAUCUUCCCCAACGCCCCGACCUCCAUUGCCAAACUGGACUUCAACAUUGAGAUCACCGGUGAUGUCAGCAUAAAGUGCGCUUAUGUGAAUGGACAGUUCGUUGGGGGCUCCUCGAAUGGUUGCACGACCGGAAUGCAGCCUGGUGGCAAGGCUGUGAUUCGAUACUACUAA